UCUCCCUUCUCUGAUUUCGCCCUUUCUUUAGAUUUCGUGUUUCAAAUUUUUUUUUUUCAUUUAAAUUUCUCUCUCUCUCCUCCGAAUCAAUCUUCAUCCUUUUCCGGCGAAGAUAGUAGCUUUCUCUUCGAAUUGGCGCCGGAGAAUCGGAGGAGUCUGUCAUCAUCGUCGGUAUUCGUAGUUUAGUCCUUCUCAGCGGCAUACAGUCAUGAAUCAGGAAUAUGAUUAUCUGUUCAAGCUGUUGCUUAUUGGAGAUUCUGGUGUUGGCAAGUCAUGCCUCCUUUUGAGAUUUGCUGAUGAUUCAUAUCUAGAGAGUUACAUCAGCACUAUCGGAGUUGAUUUUAAAAUACGUACUGUGGAGCAGGAUGGGAAAACCAUUAAACUUCAGAUUUGGGACACUGCUGGGCAAGAACGUUUUAGGACAAUUACUAGCAGCUACUACCGUGGUGCACAUGGGAUUAUAGUGGUGUACGAUGUGACAGACCAGGAGAGUUUCAACAAUGUCAAGCAAUGGUUGAAUGAAAUUGACCGCUACGCAAGUGAGAACGUCAAUAAGCUUCUAGUUGGAAAUAAGUCUGAUCUCACUGCUAACAAAGUGGUGUCGUAUGAGACGGCUAAGGCAUUUGCUGAUGAAAUUGGGAUCCCCUUCAUGGAAACAAGUGCGAAAAAUGCUACUAAUGUGGAACAGGCUUUCAUGGCUAUGGCUGCUGAGAUUAAGAAUAGGAUGGCAAGCCAACCUGCUAUGAACAAUGCCAGGCCUCCCACUGUGCAGUUCCAGGGACAACCUGUUUCCCAGAAGGGUGGCUGCUGCUCCUCUUAGAGAAGAAGCAUUAGUUGGCACACGUAGGUCUGUCAGUUCCUCUUAUGGAAUGUAAAACUAGCGUUCUUCUCCCGUCCUCCUGGAAUUGAAGACACCUCACCCUCCCAACUUUGUGACGUUUGCCUUUUUCAGUUGUUUCAGAUUUGUUGCUUAAAUUCCAUUCUUUUCUAAUAUUUGAUUUGUAAGGCCUGUACAAAUCAGGAUGUUAGUCAAUGUUAGUAUUUGAUUGCUCUAUUUCAUCCCC